GGCUUCUCAGUCACAGGGUUCCAGUCUCAUAAAAAUGUGAUCUGGUUUUGGGAGAAGCAGACCCAUGACUCUGCUCACACUGUUUUUUGUUGUUUUUUUUUGUUUUGUUUUGUUUUUUAAACAGAACUUUGUGUUGUUACCACUAGAUGGUGUGUCCAGGUUUGCAGCGUUUGGGCUGUGUCGGAACACGUUAGUCAUGACUUUGUAGGGAUUAGAACUUCACAUUUAUGAUAUCACAGCAGGUCAUUACACAGAAAAUGUCAUCACUACAUGACAUCAAAUCAAAGGACAGAUUAUAGACUUUGGAGCUAAGGCUCAGUAGGUCACUUUCUUCAAUUUCUGAGGCCAAACCAGAAGAUUGUGAAAUUUCUGUAGAACCAAAAACACCAAACAUUUUAUCGCAGACCUUCAACCCCCCCGAUCAACAUUAACCUGCAGUGAAAAUGGAUUCUCAUGGUGAUGGUCUGCACCUCAGCAGAAACCGUAAGUCCUUGUUCCACCAUCAUUAAAAACUGCUGUUUAAUUCUAUGCACACAUCGGUGACUCUUUGCUUGGUUGCUUCACAGACCCCCCUUCUACAGUAGGAAACAGUAGGAUGUUGUCAUCCACUCAUCUUAGUAACGGAGACGUGGAUUGGUUGGUUCGUGAUUUAUUCAGGUGUCAUCUGGAAAUUGAACAAUCCGAUUACCGACGCCUAAUGUGCCACUUGCAACAUGCUGAAAAUGAUGAAGCGUGCACCUUGUCACGUGAUGGCCUGUCGAGUCACUAUAAAGACUAUGAUGAUGAAGGCCACAACUCCAAGAGCUCUGUAGAAGACACGGGGCGUUGUGGUCAAGUCGGAAUUUGUCACCGUGUAAAAGAUGACAGUGAAGGAUUCUUGGUGUGGUCAAGUGUGGAGGAUGAACUGGACCAUGAACAAUUCCGGUGGUGGGAUGAGUUUGACACAGACAGUGGCAGUGACACAGAUGGUACCAUUUAUGAAGACACAGAAAACCUCCCUAAUCCAGAUACUGCCAAUAAAAGAAGGGAUAAUCUGAAACACAACAGUCCAGUCAGAAAUCCAGAGGUUCCUGAGGUUGAGCCACCACCAGAUGUGUCAGGUAAACCACCUGGACUAAAGGCUAAGAAAAUCAAAAAUGCCUUCGGCUACAAAAAUUCAAGGAGUGCGACCAAAGCCUGCAGAGCGAGUGUUGACACUGGUGCAGGAUCUACUGGGGAAAGACCACCCCCACUUUCAUCAAGGAAGAGGACACUUAAGGAGGACUCUGCAACUAAGGGUUGCAGCAAACGAGUAAGGUGGUGGGAUGAGUGUGACAACAGUAACACAGACACCAUCAACACUAGAGAGUGUACUGACACCAGUAAUGCAGACUGUGGUCAAAACGCAGUCAAAACUACAGGUACCAGUGUUGAAAUUAGAAAUGAAUUCUUAUUAAGGCCGUCCUGGAAAUCCUCUAACGAGGAGACACCUGUCAAACACAGUUACAAAAAGUCAAUCCGUCCCAGUGACCCAAACUGUGUGGAUGUGGAUUCCCUAGUUACAGUGGAAAACCUCCUUCCCAGUCCAUCCCAGAAAAGGUCAGUAGAGGAGUCUGACAAAGGCAGCAGCAAACGAUUCAGAUUUGACCAGUUGGACAGCAAGGAUUCGGACGAGUCAAACCCUUGACCCUUGAGUCAGCUAUGUCCUGAAAGCCAUCCAGGAAGUGGUCUCAGUUAGACCUGGGUCGUCACUGGUACGUCCACAUUUGUAAAGUGGAUUUCAAGUGGCAAUUCCAGUUAGGGACGUUGUCCUCAUCACUCAAGUCUUGGACAAGUCCCCAGAUUUUCAGUGUUAACUCCACGUUCAGUUUUAGGAACAAUAAUGCAAAAUUACUUUUCUUUAACAUUAACACUUCAUGUUAACUGUUAUUGUUUUUAAACCUUUUUAAUUACAGUCCUCGGUAUUUACCACAGACAGAUUUUACAGAGCACAUUUCUCUUGAGUUUUAAAUCAAACUUUUGCAUUAAUGUGAUUCAACUAUGAAAAUACGACCAAAUAAAAAUACUUAAUGUAUGCUUUUAAUUAUAUUGGGGGAAAAAACCUUGUCCUUUUACAUCUUUGAUGAUUUGGUGCUUUUUCCACCAAGAAUACAUUGUUUUAAAAUCUUUAAUUGUGGUUUAAAUUUGGAGGAAAAACAGACAUCAGAUCACAUCUGAUAAACAUAUAGAACAUGGAGUAUCCUGUUAAUUCCUUUAGAAAUUAAGCAGAACAGCUGUCGUUCCAUUAAUUGUUGUUUGAACAAAAACAGAGCUCGGAUUAGAUUUUGGCUGUUGGUGAUCUAGACUAAUUCUGGAACCAAGACACAAAAACCUGACAUCACAACCAUGUCACCACAUCAAAGGACAAGAAAGUCACUUUGGGGCCACAUGUUGUUUCUCGUAUACAACAGUAAAAACACGAGUCCCUUGGUUAAUAUUUGCAGUCAUUCAGAGAGACCAUGAUGAAACCACUUCUUUUUCUAAGUUAGUCCAGAUCAGUCCUGCAGCUGGUGAAAGGUUUCUGAAAACAUUGUCUGCCUGAACACAUUGUUUUCUGAGCUGAUGCUUUAAAGACUAUCAAAGUUGAAAGUGAAAAUGUAUGCUUGUGGGGAUGGAGUCCACCUUGGCAGAAACCGUCCGACCUUUCAACUUUUCUCUCAUGGAGAUGUGCCAACUGCCACUCAGCUCAGCAACGUGGACAUGGAGUGGUUGAAUUUUGCGUGGCAGAUGGGAAUAGAAGAGUCUGAAUAUGUUCAGCUGAUGUACCACUUACAACACGGUAGAAACUAUGAAGGUUUCAACAUUUUACAUCUCCAAGGCCCAGACCUGAAUGAAGAGUUGUCAGAGGUUGACGACGACUACUACAAUGUCCCUGAGGACUUUGUUGAUGACGAUGUCAACCUUGUCAAUGAUACUGCAGACGAAAGGGAGUCCGGAGACAACGGCGAAGGACCCAGUGUAAGGUCAGUGAACUUUGAUGAGGGGGAGAGCGACGAGGAAAACUGGUGGAGAGAAUAUUCAGAGGACAGUGACUCGGCCCUGGACAGCGACUCUGAGAGCGAGGAUGUUGUGGACAUUGACAGCGAUUCAGAGAGUUCCUUGGACGAGGAAGUUAUAAGUAACACGGAGAGCAGUAGUGACACUGACAUGGACAGUGACAGCAGCACAGACGACGGAAGUGACUCGGAUAGCGACUUUAACAGUCACAGUGAUACCGUGAUUGACAGGGACAAGAGCCUCACUGACUCUGAUGUAACACUCGCUGAAGAAGAACCUAAACCUGGUCCAUCUUGGAAGAUGUCUAGAGAAGAGAAGAAGAAAGCUGAUAAGGGUCACAACCAGCAGUUGAGGAGGUCAGAGAGUGACACAGACAGUGAUAGUGAUGUCCUUGAACAAUCUGCUAAGACAAGAAAAGACUCUGACCAAAAUGGCACAGAUGCCAUUCCUCAGCAAAGUUCAGUACAUAAUCUGGGUUCAGAAGUGGUUCUUGACAGUGAUGACCAGCUACCGGCGUCAUCACGGAAAAGGUCAAAAGAGGACGACCACGACUGCGAUGAAAACAAAAGCAAAAGGUUCAGGUGGUGGGAGGAGUUUAAUGACACGGACAGUGCCGAUGAAGGGAACAGAGCCCCCUCUAGAGAGUCUGGACUCUCUGACAGGGGAGAUUCUAACAGUAGCGUGAAGAAAACUCUGAGGAGUUGUGUUACAAGGGCUCACAAAUCGUUGGACAGGCAAAGGUGCCUCUCGGCUUCAUCCCAAAGAAAAAGCGGGGAGGAGGAUCAACAGGGAUCAAAUAAAUGUACAAGGAAACGGCGACUUUGAUUACACCAACAGUUCCACCACCCAAUGAGGAAUCAUUCCUGCCAGGUCCAUCUAGCAGGGAAUCAAGCAAGAAAGAGAAAUGGGAAUGUGCUGAAUGAACAGUGCCAACUCUGUUGUAGUUGUACUUGGUUUGUAGCAGUUCUUGCCAGGUCCACCUCGGAUAAAAGAAGGUAGAUAUAUGAAGAAAAAAAAAACAUCAAGAUGAUGUUGGAUGCUUUGCGACACCUCGGCCGAUUGCGUAGAUUGACCUGAGCAAGCGUAGAACAUUGGAGCUGUCCUCAAGAUUAGACUCACGUAAACAU